UUAAAAAGUUCAUUUCAUUCCUAAUAAGUUAUUAUAUUAUCAUGUUCUGAACAGUUCACAAUAAAAUUGACGAAACAUUUUGCAUAAAUAUUGACCAAUUCUUUAUAUUACUAGAAUUAUUAUAUUUUUUAAAAAUUUUGAUAAAAUGUGUGAUUCAUGGUUUGUACUGGGUCUAUCAGGUGUUACAUGUGGAGGAAAAACGACUUUAGCUAAAGAAUUACAUAAUAAAAUACCAAAUUCGUAUUUAAUUCAUCAGGAUAAUUAUUUUUUACCGAUAGACAGUUCUCUACACACACAUUUGCCAGAAUUAAAGGCAAUUAAUUGGGAAAUUCUAUCAAGUUUAGAUAUGGAAAAAAUGAAAAAUGAUAUCUUUGAUUUAAUCAAAGAUAAACGAUGUUCUUUGACGGAUACAAAUUGUAUAAAUUUGCUAAUAAUUGAAGGUUUCUCAAUUUUUAAUUAUAAUCAAUUUAAAAAUUUAUUCCAUAAAAUGUAUUUUUUGACAUUACCUCGCGAUAUUUGCUGGGAACGUCGAAAUAAUCGAGUGUAUGAUCCACCAGAUGUGCCAGGAUAUUUUGAUAAAAUUGUUUGGCCACAUUAUUUACAAAUUAAGGAGCAACUUCAAAAUGAUUAUAAUUCUAUUGAAUAUAUGAGUGGUGUUGAGCCUACAUCAACACAUUUUAAUAAGGUUGUGCAAGAUUUAUCUAAUAUAUUUACAUAAUGAGUUUUAAAAGGCUUCAUUUUAUGAGUUUUUAACACUGAGCCUUGUUAAUGUUAGUGAUAAGUUUUAUUAUUAAAAUUUAUAUUGUUUUUAUUAUGUACACUCUGUGUCACAAAAAAUUAUCGUAUUUUACCAUUCUAAGUAUACAGCUGUAACAUUAUACAGAUUGGCAGCCAUCCCGUAAGAGAUUCAUAAUAUAUAAAUUAUUAUGUUCUUAUGUAUAGAACUCAUGUAUACUUCAUAUAUUAGUAAAUGCCUAACGAGUAACGAGAUGGUUUUCAAACGGUAUGUGAAUUACGUGUACUGUAAUAGUAAUAUAACUUAGAAUGGUUCAAUUUUUGCGUUUAUUUUGAAGAGUGUACACAUUACAUAAAUUUAAAAAUCACUGCCAUACAUAGAAUUUAUCAAUUUUUUUUUUUUUUGGUUUCUUUAUUCUGAAUUAUUCAAUUU